CAUAAAAAGGUCAACACACAAGUGUUAGGUUUAAUUAAUUUGAAAGCAAAAGUAGGUGCGUCGUACUCGUUAUCGUAACUCGUAACGUAUUUAGUGCCCUACGAGUUACGAGUUUACGACCCUCACGUGUGAUUGUUAAUAACUUGUUAUGGUGGUGUGAAGGUUGGUUGGUGUACAGUGCUAGUUCAGUCCGAAGUUGUAGCGAGUGGCGCACGCUGGCGGCUGGCCGCUGGCGGUGCGGACUGCGGGCCGCGAAUAGUACGAGCGGAUAUUUCGGCGAGAAUGCCGCGUCCCUGAUCGCGUUUAGUUUUGAUUUAGUUGUGGUGUUAGUGCGAGUGUAGUGCGAGUAGCUAGUUGCGACUGUGCGAUGGUGUGCGGGAGCUGUGCGCUCUGCGAACGGCUGUUCUGCCGACCCGCGCCGAAGGUGGUGGAAGAAAAUGUCCAGCUGGCGGAGUCGCUGGAGGUGCGGUUCACGCAGGCGCUGGAGGAGCCGCUCGGCAUCGGCUCCCACAUCGUGUGCACCGGCACGCCCAGCGCCGACCUGCCCUGGUUCUCGAUAAACCUGUGCUGCGGUGAAGAGGGCAGCGAGGGGGGUGAGGAGGGCGACGUGGCGGUGCACUUCAACGUGCGCGUGCCGCAGCAGUACGUCGUGCGGAACACGCGGCGGCGUGCGCGGUGGGGGCCCGAGGAGACCACCGCCUACAGAUUGUUCCCCUUCAAAGUGGACCGGCCGUUCACGCUGGAGAUUCUAGUAGACGAGAAGGAGACGCUGUGGGCGGUGGACGGCGCGCACUACUGCAGCUACGCGCACCGUACGCCCAGCGUGUUCGCGGCGCGUGCCGUGCGUGUCAGCGGCGUGCGCGACGCCACGCUCAACGUGCGCAAAUGUGACGCUUACCCCAUGUUGGCGUCGCCGCCGCCGGAGGUGCCGCUUCGCAGCAGCGUAUCGGAGGUGGGCAUGGCGGGGGAGGGGGCGGAUGGGGCGGAGGGGGCGUGGCGGGCGAACAUCAUCGCGACGCUGCCGGACGGCGUGCCCGACGGACACCAGCUGGUCGUAGAGGGCAGGAUUCGCGGUCUCCUCCACUCCAUAACUCUGGACCUGCUGGACGAGGCGCGCGAGUGGCCGCGGCCGCAGCUCGUGCUGCACGCGGCGGUGCGCGCGUACGACCGCCCGCAGCUGGCGGCGCAGCUCGUCGUGCUCAACGCCUGGCUCGGCGCCUGGGGGACCGAGCGCCGCCAGCGCACCGCCAGACUCGUGCCCGGACAGGUGGUGACUUUGCGCGUGAUGCGUACGGCGGAGGGGUGGUCGCUAUACUGCGACGACGCGCUGCUGGGCGAGAUGGAGGCGCGCGCGGCGCUGCAGCCGCGGGCCGUGCGCCUGCGCGGCGACCUCACGCCCACGCGCCUCGUGGUCACGCCCGCGCCCGACGUGGGCGGGCCCACAACGCCGGUUACGCCCACGUAGAGCGGCUUCGAGCUCGAUCGCGUCGCGGUCACACCCGCGCCUGCCUCGCGCCGCUCCGCGCCCGAGUAGAGCACGCUUCUUGUGCGAUCGGGUCGCGAUCACGUAGCGUCCGAUGCUUCAACUGAUGACCUCAUAUAAAAGAAGUAUAACGACGCGACGCAAUAAUUUUGAAAUUGAAGAAACGAAGUACGUAAAUAAUAAGGGUUCGUGGUAUGAGAAUUGGGCUCUUGCAUUUUAAUCGUAAAUGUAUUCAAAAGAUUAUAAAACUGCCAUAAUCUCGACAAUUUGGAAGACGAUACAUGUUUAUGUUAGAUAUAAUGACUAUAGGUAAAAAUAUUACGUUUCCGAAAAUUAAUUUCCGUCAUGAUAAUAUAGAUAGUUUUUGGAAACGUUAUACUUAUUGUAGGUUUAUGACAUAAUUAUAUUAAUGUUUUUUUAUAAUUUUACUUAUAUUGUUGCAUUGAUAGAUUUAUACGAUGUGAGGUGAAUAUUUAUGAGAUAAUAAUGUAGUGGUCCUCAGGUAUUGGGAAUAUUAAAAAAAAUAUCUAGUCUUUCUGAAACUGUUGCUGAUGAUUUGCAUAAUAUAGUGUGUACAGUACCGCACGGAUCCUUUGACGCGUGGUCAAAAUUCGAACGUAAUGUAUAGUCUGUCAAAAAAGUGAAGCAAUUAAAA